CACAGGUGUCGGUCUUGGUGCCGACACAUUAGGAGGUGUGUUGUCAAGAGAGUCGCUGUCAAGAUGUCUGACAAUGAAGAACAAGAACAGACUAUCGCUGAGGACUUGGUUGUCACCAAGUACAAAAUGGGAGGAGACAUCGCCAACCAGGCCCUGCGCAUGGUGAUUGAGGCGGCCAAGUCAGGGGUGUCUGUGCUGAGUCUCUGUGAAAAGGGAGACGCUCACAUCAUGGCAGAAACUGGCAAGGUCUUCAGGAAGGAGAAAGACUUGAAGAAAGGAAUUGCCUUCCCCACCAGCGUCUCAGUCAAUAACUGUGUUUGCCACUUCUCUCCCCUGAAGAGUGACCCUGACUACACACUUAAAGAUGGCGAUCUGGUCAAAAUUGAUCUUGGAGUCCAUGUUGAUGGCUUCAUCUCAAAUGUGGCUCAUAGCUUUGUUGUGGGAGCUACCAAGGAGGCGCCAGUGACCGGGAAGAAAGCUGAUGUGAUAAAGGCAGCUCAUCUGUGUGCGGAGGCAGCCCUACGCCUUGUCAAGCCUGGCAACCAGAACUCUAAGGUGACAGAGGCUUGGAACAAGAUCGCCCAGUCAUUCAAAUGCACAGCCAUCGAGGGUAUGUUAUCUCAUCAGCUGAAGCAACACGUCAUCGAUGGAGAGAAAACCAUCAUUCAGAACCCCACAGACCAGCAAAGGAAGGACCAUGAGACGGCAGAGUUUGAGGUGCACGAGGUCUACGCUGUUGAUGUGCUGAUCAGCACUGGUGAAGGGAAGGCCAGGGAUGGAGGCCAGAGGACCACCAUUUAUAAGAGGGACCCCAGUAAGCAGUAUGGGCUGAAGAUGAAGACCUCCCGCAUGUUCUUCAGCGAUGUGGAGCGACGCUUCGACGCCAUGCCCUUCACUCUCAGGGCAUUUGAGGAUGAGGCCAAAGCCCGCCUGGGCGUGGUGGAGUGUGCCAAACACGAGUUGCUACAGCCUUUCAGUGUGCUCAAUGAGAAGGAGGGAGAGUUUGUGGCCCAGUUUAAGUUCACAGUGCUGCUAAUGGCCAACGGCCCCCAUAAAAUCACCAGCGGACCAUUUGAGCCAGAGCUCUACAAGUCAGAGCACGAGGUGCAGGAUGCAGAACUGAGGACUCUGCUACAGAGCACAGCCAGUCGCAAAACACAGAAGAAGAAGAAAAAGAAGGCCUCCAAGACUGUGGAAAGCACUACUGGACAGCCAACCGAGGAGAGCAACAAGGCUGCAGAGUAGAUGCCUACCUGUCUUCAGCCACACUGACACGCGCACACACACACACACCAUAUAACAAACUUAGAAAGUGAAUCUAAAUAUUUCCCAACUGUUAGCUCUUUUUGACCCUCAUGCCCUUUUCUAGUAUUUGGCCCAUUGAACACAUCUGAUAGAUUUGGAGUUGAGCCUGUUGGGAAUGCUCUCAAAUCUGUUGGGGAAAAAAUAUUUUUUUUGUAGCCGUUCAGUUGAUUCCGGAGUCUGAAUAACAGUCACACCCUUGUAACACAUAUAUAUGGAGUUUAUUUUACAUUGAUACUUAACUGGAGUAUGAGAUUGGGGAAACACAUUUUUGGAAUAUGAUGGAUAAAAUACCUUUUCUAGCAUUGUGUUUUUACACCUUAUCGUUAGGUGAUGUACCUGACUUCAGGAAUGUUGCAAUCUAUAGGUGAAGUGUUAUAAACUUUUUAAAUUAAAAAUGUAUACAAAGUAGAAGUUUUGUUUUGAUUAACUCAAUUUUAACUGGAUGAUAUUUGUUGGAAAAUAAUAGUUGGGUGCCAGUCACACUUGUACAUGAAUGAGACUUGAGUUAGCAACUCAAUCUUUUGGCUUCGAAUAAUUUUGUUACAAAUAUUCAAACAUGACAGAAUUGAAAGGUUAAAGCACAGAAUUCUUGCACCAACACCUGAAGAGUUACUAUUCUGGGAACAAACCCUGCUAUACUUACUGGCACCCCCCCCCUUCCUGGUAGGGGAGUUCAGUUUAAAAAUCGAUUUUUAUUUUCAACAAUGCCUCAUUUUUAUCAACCAAAUUAAACAUUUUAGUGUAGCUUUUAAACAAAGUAUCUUAAUUCAGAACUGCUUGAAAUCACAUUUUAUGCAAAUCAGUUUUUCAACUAAGUGAGAGCAUGACAUUAAAUGGCAAAAAGCUAAAUUGACAACAGUAGUACAUGUUGAGAUGUACUUUUUAAAGCAUAACCAGUAUCCAAUAUUUAUUUGUACCUAAUGAAAUAAAAUUACCUUUUAAUAUGUCUAA